CUGUGCACUGGAAGUAUUUGCCGUUGCUUCGUGACUUUUCUCAAAUUCAUAAGUUUAGUUGGGGUUCUGCUUGCCUUGCGCACAUGUAUCGAUCAUUAUGUCGGGCAUCGAGAUAUGAUUGCAAGGACAUGGAUGGUCCUUUGGCGUUGCUCCUUGUGUGGGCCUGGAUACGAAUGCCGACAAUAGGGCCUCUGCCGGUGGAUACCAGCUUUCCACUCACUCGCAGGUAAUAUUUAACUAAGUUGUCGAUUUUGGUUUUUUUUUCUGUAUUAAUUAGUUUCUAAUAUGAACAUGAUAUGGCAGGUGGAAUGAUUAUCAACCCACCACUGAGCACUAUAAAAAUUGGACAACCUCUGACGUCAGGAGAAGGUUGGAUGAUCUUCCUCUGGAUGGGUUUGUGUGGGACGCAUACAGUCCUAAUCGGGUUGCGCCUCAAGUUAUUCCAUUUGACAUUAACAAUGGUGCAAAUCUUUGGAGUGCAACUGUACCUUUAAUAUGUUUUGAGGCUGUGGAGUGGCAUCCGACUGACAGGAUUAGAAGACAGUUUGGCUUUCAUCAAGACCCCCCAGUCGAAGCUAUGAAACUUGGAGCGUCCCAUAACAUAGUGCUAACAGGUCCAAAGAAUAAGAACUGGGGCAUAGAACAUGCAGUAUGGAUCUCACAAUGGUUAAAUAGUUCUAUGUGUGUCUUAACAGGUGAACAUGUGGACAACUAUCAACCAUCUGACCAGUACAUGGACUGGUAUAUUGGUAAAUUUGGUGAUCACUUGCGGGUAUCCGAGCUUGCUGAGCAUGAGGAAGAAGGUCAACAAGAGCAACCACAUCAGCAAGAACAACAAACUCAGCAAGAACAACCACCUCAACAACAAGGACCACCUCAACAACAAGGACCACCAUACCCAUACCUACCAUAUCAACAGCCAUAUCCAUACCCACCACAACAUCCACACCCACAGUACUUACAGGAAUAUGCAAACCCUUUCACCCAACCUUUCAUACAACCACCAUACUCACAACCAUAUCCACAUUAUCCACCCCCACCAUACACACAAGAAUAUACACAACCUUUCACCCAUCCACCAUAUGAUCAGCCAUCUACCAUUUGUGAGGCAUACAGGCCGACACAGGUACCGCAAGAUUCAUUGACACGGUUACUAGGCGCAGUGGCACAGGAUGAGGAUCAAUAUAGACACAUUAUUGAUUGGGUACAGGGUCCCGAGUCAUCUCAGUGGGUUAAUGAUUUAUACUCUAUCCAAGACCCUAUACAGGUGCCAGUGGCUGACGUUGUUUCCGGACGAUUGUCUUUGGAUGCGAGGAAUCAACUGCGGGCCUAUUCUGAGCAUUCUAGGGCAAGAACUUCUAUUGAUUCAGUUAGGAGUGUCCACAGAGGCAUUGGAUGUUGCCAAAGUCCGGCACGAAUUUCUAUGUCUGAGGGUGACGAGGCGGAGAAUGAGGAUGCAGUUGAUGAGACUCCUGGAAGUGAGGAUAUGGUUGAUGAGACUCUUGCAGAUGAGGAUGAGGUUGAUCAACCUGGUACAGGUGAUGAUGUUAUGGAUGACGAUUCUGGUUCAGAUGUCCAAGGUCAAAGUAAAGGUUACAACCUUAGGAUUGAUCCGGCCCGUAAGAGUCGAUCUAGAUGGAGCCCGUCAUUGAUAAAGAAGAGGGUAAAAAAGGGAUGCUCUAAGGUGGCCGAAACCGUUAAGAAAAGUAUAUUUAAAUGAGUUAGCUCGGUUGUUUAUGGUUUAC